AUGUCUUACAAGUGUAAGAAUGGAAAGAUUGACUAUGAUCAGUUGGAAAUUGAUGCUGCAGAAUUUAAGCCCAGUCUCUUAGUUUGUGGUGCCUCUGCAUAUCCACAUGAUUUUGACUACAAAAGAUUAAGAAAAAUUGCAGGUGAUGCAUAUCUGAUGAUGGAUAUGGCACAUAUUAGUGGCUUUAUAGCUACAGGGAUUAUGGAAAAUGCAUUUGAGCACUGUGAUAUUGUUACAACUACUACCCACAAGCUUCUUAGAGGGCCAAGAUCGGCAAUGAUAUUUUAUAAAAAGCUGAAAAACCAGAUUGUUGAUGGGAAAGAAAUCACUAUUGACUUAAAAGCAAAGAUUGAUUUUGCAGUUUUCCCAGGCCUUCAAGGAGGACCUCAUAAUCAAAAGAUAGGUGCUCUUGCAGUGGCCUUGAAACAAGCAAAUACACAAGAGUAUAAAGACUACUGCAAGCAAGUACAUAGUAACGCUCUAACUCUUUGUGAGGAGUUUAAAAAAAUGGGAUACGAAUUGUAUUCAAAUGGUACCAGUUCUCAUUUAUUGCUUUUAUGCCUCAAAGAUGUAAGUGGAAUUGAGGUGGAAAGAGUCUGUGAACUGGCAAAUAUCAGUAUCAAUAAAAAUUGCAUUCCUACGGACAAAAGCCCUUGGAAUCCAUCAGCUAUACGCAUUGGUACUCCUCCGUUAACUACCAGAGGAUUUAAAGAAUCGGACUUUGUUAAGGUUGCUGCUUUAAUAGAUGAAGCCAUUAAGAUUGCAACCGAUCUAUCUCCAAAAACACAUGACAACUCCAAUAAAUUAGAUUUGGCCAAGCUUGUUGAAGCUGCAUUGAAAGAUGGUCGAAUUUUGGAUUUAAAAGUUAGAGUUGAGAAAUUUUCAAGUCAUUUUCCCAUCCCAGUAUUUGAUUAUCGACUUAAGAAAUAA